GCGGCUCCUGUGUCUGUAAUAUCCAUGGAAUAUACCGAAACUUUGCCUAUAUAUACAAACAUGGCAUACUAUCCUAUAUUCAACACGUUCUCCUACAGUUAUCCAUUCCAUGAUUGGAAUACUAUUAUCACAACUAUACCUACAGCGACAACAAUCUACACCACGCCAAUUACAACUGCUCCUAUCUUCUACGAGUUUCCACAAAUGUAUUCACCACAAGUUUACCCUUACAGCCGCGCAGUUACUCAGCAUGCAUAUACCGAACCUGUGUUCUCGCCUGAACAAUCGAUUCCUGAGUUCAAUCCAUUUGUGCCUCCACCAUAUAUUGAUUAUGAACAACCGCUUGUUGAGGAAAUAUACAAUACUAGCCAGGAAGAGGCGUCUGUACAUGACGUGACUAAUAAUGCAAGUACUAGUUCCAGUAUAGCUAAUACAAGUUUCAGUACAGCAAAUACUAGCUUCAAUACGCCGGAUACUAGCUUCAGUACACCGAAUACUAGCUCCAAUACACCGAAUACUAGUUUCAAUGCAAGUACUACUAGUUUUAACACAGCCAAUGUUGUCGCUAAUGUGACCGCGAGGCCAAGUUUCCGAGGACCGAUAACUAGAGGAGAACCUGUAGAACCCUGGGAAUAUUAUUUACAACUGCCAAAAAAACUAUUCCCACCACCAAGGUAUUUGAAAAUCGAUCCUAAUCCUUUGAUAGACGCCUUUUGCAUAUUGUCUGAUAUACAAAACCAAUUGUCAUGGAUAAGUGAUUUAGAAUUCGGUGUACCUAGAGUGGCAACGAAGAGACAAAUAGCUCAAUAUGAUAUCAAAAUUAAAAAUGUGAUAUGCAAAAAUUCAACAGGCGUAACAUACCCGGCUUUUGAUUCUUGUAAUCGGGAAUUCAAGCACAUAGUAUCGUCAUACUAUGACUUAGUUAUUAAUACUUGGUACAAGGGCUAUGUAAAAUUAAAACGGAACAAAAGUAGGUCAUGUUUUGAAGCUUGGAUAAGCAGGCCAAUGGAAACUUUUGGUAUGUGUUGGCCGUAAAAACAAAGCAAGGCAGACCCUCGGCAAUUGUAUAAUUAUGUGAAACGACGAAUAAAUGAUAUGAAUGAACAUUAAUAAAAUAUAUAAUAAUAAUAUAAAAUAGUGUC